UUCCUGAUGCAGUGGCGAGCGACGUGCAGCUUGUCGACAGUGUGGCAACAUUUCGGACGUGCCAUCAGAAAUCGUGCACUGCAAGGGACAGUGUCAUUGUUUGCCGAGAAAGAACACUUUGAUGAUGUACGUGAAGAGAAGCCGAAGCGUCAGCAGAACAAAAAAAGGAAAGCAGCA